GUAGUGGUACUGCAACAAUCAACAUAUCCAACAGCAUCAUUCCAAUUAACCUGAUGGAAAGAAAAAUGCCUCCCACCAAGCGCCUCGUUACCUUCUACAUUGCUCUCAUCAUCUCUUUAGUCCUCGCUUCCGACUGCUGUAAUGCCGCCUUGCCUUACUACUCCCCACGUCCGAAUCCAUCUCCGACAGUACCCCUAGCACCAGCUCACCCUCCUCUCAGCCCUCACCACCGCCGCCACCGCCACCACCACCACCACCAACAUUACCCCCACGAACACUACGCACCGCCUCCACACGGCCUACCGCAUUACCCUCCGGCUCCGCCGACCCUUUUACCGCCUGUCGUAUCCCCACUACCGUCUCCGUAUCCUCCGCCGCACCGCCACCAACAUCCUUACCCUCCGCAGACGCCUCCGCAUGGCUUGCCGCAUUACCCUCCACCUACCUACAAAUCCUCUCCUCCCCCAUCCCACGUCUCCUACUCCAACUCUCCGCCUCCACCGACACCGGUUUACGCAAUUCCGCCUCCGCAUGGCCUGCCGCAUUACCCUCCACCUACCUACAAAUCCUCUCCUCCCCCAUCCCACGUCUCCUACUCCAACUCUCCGCCUCCACCGACACCGGUUUACGCAAUUCCGCCUCCGCAUGGCCUGCCGCAUUACCCUCCACCUACCUACAAAUCCUCUCCUCCCCCAUCCCACGUCUCCUACUCCAACUCUCCGCCUCCACCGACACCGGUUUACGCAAUUCCGCCUCCGCAUGGCCUGCCGCAUUACCCUCCACCUACCUACAAAUCCUCUCCUCCCCCAUCCCACGUCUCCUACUCCAACUCUCCGCCUCCACCGACACCGGUUUACGCAAUUCCGCCUCCGCAUGGCCUGCCGCAUUACCCUCCACCUACCUACAAAUCCUCUCCUCCCCCAUCCCACGUCUCCUACUCCAACUCUCCGCCUCCACCGACACCGGUUUACGCAAUUCCGCCUCCGCAUGGCCUGCCGCAUUACCCUCCACCUACCUACAAAUCCUCUCCUCCCCCAUCCCACGUCUCCUACUCCAACUCUCCGCCUCCACCGACACCGGUUUACGCAAUUCCGCCUCCGCAUGGCCUGCCGCAUUACCCUCCUCCUACCUACAAAUCCUCUCCUCCCCCAACCCACGUCUCCUACUCCAAUUCUCCGCCUCCACUGACACCGGUUCACGCAAUUCCGCCUCCACAUGGCCUGCCGCAUUACCCUCCUCCUACCUACAAAACCUCUCCUCCCCCAUCCCAUGUCUCCUACUCCAACUCUCCGCCUCCACAGACACCGGUUUACGCAAUUCCUCCUCCGCAUGGCUUGCCGCAUUACCCUCCACCUACCUACAAAUCCUCUCCUCCCCCAUCCCACGUCUCCUACUCCAACUCUCCGCCUCCACUGACACCGAUUUACGCAAUUCCGCCUCCGCACGGCCUGCCGCAUUACCCUCCACCUAACUACAAAUCCUCUCCUCCCCCAUCCCACUCCAACUCUCCACCGACACCAACACCAGUUUAUGCAAUUCCACCUCCGCAUCGCGUGCCGCAUUACCCUCCUCCUACCUACAAAUCCUCUCCUCCCCCAACCCACGUCUCCUACUCCAAUUCUCCGCCUCCACUGACACCGGUUCACGCAAUUCCGCCUCCGCAUGGCCUGCCACAUUACCCUCCUCCUACCUACAAAACCUCUCCUCCCCCAUCCCACGUCUCCUACUCCAACUCUCCGCCUCCACAGACACCGGUUUACGCAAUUCCCCCUCCGCAUGGCCUGCCGCAUUACCCUCCACCUACCUACAAAUCCUCUCCUCCCCCAUCCCACUCCAACUCUCCACCAACACCGACACCAGUUUAUGCAAUUCCGCCUCCGCAUGGCCUGCCGCAUUACCCUCCUCCUACCUACAAAUCCUCUCCUCCCCCAUCCCACGUCCCCUACUCCAAUUCUCCGCCUUCACCGACACCGGUUUACGCAAUUCCGCCUUCGUCGCACCCGCAUCACAAACCAUUGCCGCCGUACCACACCAUUCCCGAGCACGCGCCGCCACCGCAGCAGCAUCACUACGGGGUACCACCGCCGCCCUACAACUAAGACCGGAAUAGAGGAAGAGCAUCAGAAAGAACAAGUUGAUUAUCUAGAAUUGUAUAACGUGUUCUUGGCUAUAUUUCGUGAAGAGUAGUGUGUGGUUCAGUACGUACGUAGUAUCCCAGACUACGGAAUAAGAGAGGAAUAUUAAUUCGCAUUACCGAUCAGGCAUAUAAGUCCUAGAUUUGGUUUAGCCACGGUGUCUUUGUCGCAAUUGUAUCGUAAUCACUUUCCAAUGCAGCGUUUGUUUUAUAUUAUUUAA